AUGAAUAUAGAAUGCGUUCAUUGUAAUGCCCUACACUGGCUUGAUAAGCGUCUUACUUCAUCUUCUCGCAACAGUCCAAAAUUUAGUACAUGUUGUUCACACGGUCAAGUUAUUUUACCAUUUCUACAAGAUCCACCACUCCUACUACGUCAACUUUUCGAAUGUCAAGAUGAUCUUUCUAAAGAAUUUCAUUGUAAUAUUCGACGGUAUAAUGCAGCACAUGCAUUCACUUCUCUUGGUGCAAAAAUUAACCAAUCUGUUUUUAAUGGUCAUGGACCAUAUAGCUUCCGUAUAAGUGGAGAAUUAUAUCAUCGCGUAGGUUCUUUGCUCCCUGAUUCAGAUGCUGAAGCAACUUAUGCUCAACUCUACAUUUAUGAUCCAGAGAUAGCACAUUAA